AUGUCAUCUCUUCUCAAAUCGGUUUCUUUAGAUUUUAGUGGGUGCAACCUCGGAUUAUCUAGAACUACUUACUGGGCAACUGGGUCAUAUGGCAUUGUUCAAAGCCUUAGGUUUUAUCGUAAGAAAAAAUCUGUUGAGUAUGAAAGUGGCAAGGAAAAUGCUGCCCAAAGGGAAGCCCAAGCUGUAUUGCUGGAAUAUCUACAUUUGACUAGAAGCUUGCAUUAUUCGGAUGCAGAGCACGUAAGUUCUAAUUCGCCACGUUUUCUUGAGAAGUUGUUAAAAAAAGUUAAGAAUGAGACGGAAAUUGGGAGGUCUUUAUCCAGAUUUUUGCGGUAUCAUCCUAUAAACGAAUUUGAACCUUUCUUUGAGAGCAUGGGUUUGAAACCCUCAGAAUAUUCUCCUUUCCUUCCUCGCAAUUUGAUGUAUCUGGCUGAUGCUGAAAUGCUAAUGGAGAAUUAUCAUGUUUUGUGUAGUUAUGAAAUGCCUCGAAAUAAUAUAGGAAAGAUAUACAAGGAAGUACCAGAAGUUUUUAAAUAUGAUUAUGGCGUCCUGCAAUCGAAACUUCAAGCUCUUGAAGCAUUGGGGUUAAACCAAUCUGCUGUUAGAAUGUUUGUUUUGUCAUGUCCUAAACUUCUGAUUGCAAACAAAAGUAAGGAAUUUGUGAAGGUGUUAGAAAAGUUCAAGAUCGUUGGGAUCAAACAUAAUUGGAUUCAAGGACAUUUGUUGGAGGGAAUUUCUUAUAAUUGGAUCCAUAUGUUUGAGCUAUUGAGUUUAUUGAGCAGCAUGGAUUACAGUGAGCAGCAAUUAGGAAAAUUAAUUUGUCAGCAUCCAGAUCUUCUAUUUGAGGCAUCAGGAAAUAUAGCCCUUUUAUUAAUUGGGUGCUUACUAAAAUUUGGAUUCUCCAAAGAUGAGAUACAUUCCUUGUUUCUUGAAUUCCCACAAAUCCAAUUAAAAAAAUUUGCUAAUAAUUUCAGACAAUGCUACCAUUUUCUCGUGGAGACUGAGAUGGAGCCUCAAGAGAUUGGGAGGAUUGUUCGUUCACACCCCAUAUUGUUGGGCUCAUGUUCUUUGAAAAAAGUUAACAGCUUACUGACAAUACUGAAUACUGGGAAGAAGCGGCUUUGUGAUAUAAUCAAGGAGAAUCCACAAAUACUGAAGGAUUGGGUUGUUGGAUCAAGGGUCAAACGUUUACCAGAUUCAGGAGAGGAACUGAGAUCUCAGAUGUUAAAGACUAAAUUCUUGGUGAAGUUGGGGUUUGUUGAAAACUCAAAUGAAAUGAAAAGGGCUCUCAAGGUUUUUCGAGGUAAAGGAGGGGAAUUGCAGGAGAGAUUUGAUUGCUUUCUGAAGGCUGGUCUCAGUAGGAAAGAUGUCUCUGAGAUGAUUAAAGGAUCUCCCCAAGUUCUUAACCUAUCAAAGGAUGUGAUUAAAAUGAGGAUUGAUUUUCUUCUAAAUGAAUUGGGCUAUCCUCUUUCAGCUCUGCUGUCUUUCCCUUCGUAUGUUUGCUACACAAUUGAGAGAGUUAAAUUCAGGUUUUCAAUGUAUGAUUGGCUUAAAGAUCAAGGAAUAAUGAAACCAAAGUUGGCAUUGAGCACUAUUCUUUCAACCUCGGAUAAUAUAUUCAUGAAGCAAUAUGUAAAUCAACACCCUGAAGGUACUUCGUAG